CCGGCCGCGCUCCGCCUCCUCCUGCCGCUGCUGCUGCUGGGCGCUGUCUUGAAUCCUCAGGACUCUCUGGCUCAGCCUUUACCCACCCUGGACAGCUUGAUGUCAGAAGGAAAGAUGGUGGAGGAUUAUGAGACAAAUGCUUUACACUGCUGGAACAAUUAUAAGACUCUAAUGGACUCCAUUGAAAAGGAUUGGUGUGAUUGGACCAAAAUCAGCAGGCCUUACAGUGACCUGCAGUAUUGCUUAGAGUACAACGCAGAGGAGUUUGGCCUGGGUUUCCCCAAUCCCUGGGCAGAGAGGUUCAUCUUUAAGACUCACCUGAUUCACUUUGCCAACUGCUCCCUGAUGCAACCUACCUUCUCUGAUCCUCCUGAGGAUGUACUCUUGGCCAUGAUCAUAGCCCCCAUCUGCCUCAUCCCCUUCCUUGUCACUCUUGUGGUGUGGAGGAGUAAAGACAACGAGGCCCAGGCCUAAUGUGGCACAAGCUUUUCAACGGUGAUCUUUCUCCCCUUGCCAACAAUGACCCCCCCCCCCCCCAGUUACGUCUCCUUUCUGCCCUUCCCUCAUCCCUGCUGCAGAUCUUUGGAUUGGUAGAAAUGGAAGCCAGGUAGGAUCAUGGUAUAAUUAUAUUUUGUAAUCUUCAAAAUAAAAAUUCUUUUUGUACAAUG